AAAGAAAACAUAUACAGAGUAAAAUUCAGCCGCUGUAGAAACUGGAGAGUAUAAAUAGCACAAGAAAUUCAAUUUUUAGAUAAAAUUAACUCACUGAAUUGGGAGUACCAAAGUGCGAGAAAAUGGAGGGAAAGCGUUCAACUCCAACACCCAGCGAUUUGAUUCAAAAAAUCAGAGAGUUCAGUCGUUCGAUUCUCGUAGAUCUUUGCAAUGGCCGAUCUCCUGUGAUUUUUAUCAACAAAUUCAGAACUUACUGCAAGAAUUCAGCUGAAAACUGUUUCUGCAGCUCCAAUGUGCCGGUAGGAGCUAAGGUACUUACCCUGCGAAAGCAACCACAUGCUCAUAGGAUAGAUGUAUUGCUUAGGGUGUUGCUAAUAGUACAGCAGCUUUUACAAGAAAACAAACAUGCUUCAAAACGAGACAUAUACUAUACAUACCCAUCUGUAUUUUCAGAUCAGUCUGUUGUAGACCGGGCCAUAAAUGAUAUAUGCAUAGUCCUAAAGUGUAGUCGCCACAAUUUGAAUGUUGUGUCUGUUGCAAAAGGGUUGGUGAUGGGAUGGGUACGAUAUUCUGAAGGCGGAAAGAAAUUUGAUUGCAUAUCUAGUCCUAACACUGCUCAACCUGUUCCUGUCCAAGUUGAAGAUGUUCAAGAUAUCCUUAGUUUUGCUGAAUAUAUCUUAGUUGUUGAGAAGGAGUCAGUUUUCCAGCGACUGGCAAAUGAUAAAUUUUGUAGCCUCAACCGGUGCAUUGUCAUUACGGGAAGAGGAUAUCCAGAUGUUCCUACAAGAAGAUUCUUGCGCCUCCUUGCUGAGAAGUUGCACAUUCCCGUAUAUUGCUUGGUGGAUUCUGAUCCAUAUGGGUUUGACAUCCUGGCCACUUAUCGAUUUGGUUCUCUGGAAAUGGCAUACGAUGUGGAAUUUCUGUGCGUACCAAAUAUCUGCUGGCUUGGUGCUUUUACGUCAGAUUAUGAGAAAUUUGCACUUCCUUCACAGUGUCUGCUUCCCUUGACAACUGAAGAUAAGAAUAAAAUUGAAGCACUAUUACAAAGGUGUUACCUACAGCAUGAGGAACCACAUUGGAGGUUAGAACUACAGAGGAUGCAGGAAAAAGGUGUGAAGUUUGAGAUUGAAGCAUUGUCUGUCAACUCACUUUCCUUCUUGACAAAGGAGUAUUUGCCUUCGAAAAUCCAAUGUACAGGUGGUCAUACCAUUUUUCUCCAGAUAAGCACUAAAUUUGAAGGGUUAUCUCAUUGCCUUAUUGAUUAUUGAACUCCAGGGAUUAGACACCGGUCUAAAUCAAAUUUAGAUCGACUUCACCGUGAUCUAGGGGACCAAAUUUCGUAGAACUUGGAUUAUAUUGAAAAGCUGCAGAAGAAUGGGAAAGCGACAGCAUUUGAAGAUUUAGCCAAACAAGUAUGCAGAUGUGAUGGAUUCUUUAGCCACCUGUGAUAUACAAUUAACUGUUUGUGGCGUCUUGUUGGAAGUUGUGGAAGAGCCAUAAUUCGUUUUGCCCUAAUCAUUGAGUUCUUUGGACCUGAGCCUAAUAUAAAUAGCAAUCAGGCAGCUGUGAAUAGGCCAGAGCGUGGGAACAAAAAUGUGGAGAUUCAUAAAGAUUUCAGCUUCUAAGGUGGCCCAGGAUUUAGUGUGGGUACUUAUUGCCAGGGGAUUUAGUGAAUCCUCGCCAGUACUUUCAUCUUAAUAGCGGAGAGGCUAAGACUGAUUGUUAGGGAUAAAGUUGCAUAUAUAUGUAACUUUAUUCUAUAGUUUUAUACCCUUCCAAUAGUGGGAUAUGUAGUUGUAAUAAUCAAUUUACUCAAUAACAGUUUGAUCUAAGUGAUUAUGAAAGGUUGUUUUAUGAAGAAAGGUUCUAAUGAAUCCUAGUGAUUUGUGAAUAGUUUAAAUCACCCCUAAAUAUUUUGAAGAGGCCCUUCAUUUUUCACAACUCUACAAACACAUUCUUAUUGUUUU